AUGAAAUAUUUUAGAACCUUUCUGACCUUAGUUAUAAAUGCAAUAGCUCUUUUAGAACCUUGUGCUUGUGACUGUAUAAUAGUAAGAAGGCUUGCAGGAGCCAGCCCAGCUGAUAUUGGAGACUUCCCCUACCUUGUUGCAGUUUUACACCCAGAGGUAAGAUGUACUGGAAGCUUGGUAAGCAGUCAAUGGAUACUGAGCGCUGCUCAUUGUGCUGUCUACGAUCGAAAAAUUAUCAAGCCGUCAGAUAUGGUACUUGUUGCAGGUGUUGUAGACUUUAAUGACACAAAGUCAAAAACAAGGCAAAUACGAAAGGCCAAAUCCAUAUAUCCGCAUCCGAAUUUUGAGGAACUGAAGAUAGCUGGGUCAGAUAUUGCUCUAAUAAAAGCCGAACGGCCUUUUGAACUAAAUAAUGAAUACGUAUCAGCCAUAAAGGUGUCAGGCACUCCAUUUACUAUAAACUCAGAUACAGCUUGCACAGCUAGUGGAUGGGGUGAUACGAAAGACAGUAGUACCAAUUCCAAGUUGCAUCAGCUCAAGGUUAUAGCAGUUCAGUCUAAAUCAGUAUGUCAUGGAUUAAGUACUCACGAAAGAAAAAACAUGAUUUGCUUGAGAAAUAACGGUGGUUCUGGCCUUUGUGAUGGAGACAGUGGUGGACCUCUUGUUUGUGAAGAUGAAGUUGUUGGUGUUGCUCAUCAGGUGUACAUAGAAAAGGUCAACUAUACUGGGCCAAGUGAUAUGGAUUGUGGAUCCAGUACACUAGUUCAUACAUAUAUGUUUGUUUGUCCUUAUCUUGACUGGAUGCGUAACUUUGUUUAUGAAACACCAAAAAAACCUAAGAAGUGUUUCUCUUUGAAUAUGAAAAUGAGAAAUAAAGCUGAAGAGUAUGAUUAUCAAAUUGAUUACGAGCGAAAGUGA